CGAGCGGACUCCCGUUUUCCCAAUGACACCGGCACGAUUGCCACUAACUGUGCUACGGAUUUUAAAUGGAUGCUUUGUUUUUUCCUUGUUCUUUAAGGAAAUAUUUUCCCAAUUUUCAGAAAAUGAAAUUAAUACUCUAUGCCCAGAUAUUAGAAUUGGAGAGGAUGAUUUACCAGGUUUUGAUCUCAUCCGAAAAUUUCGGCUUGAUGACAAGGAGAGCGUAUUUGUUGGAGUGAAAGUUGUACGAGGGUCCAUUCGAAUGCAAAAAGCGUAUCGUCUUUCUAAAAGAGGAAAUCUCACGCUGCCAACAAGAGCAAUAUUUCCUUUGGGAAUUCCAGACGAAUUCUCUUUCGCUUCAACGUUUAGAAAACGGAACGGCCGUAAAGAUCCUUGGAGCUUAAUUCGAAUAAACGAUUUGUUUGGAAGAACACAGUUUGCAGUUGUAUUGAGAAAAAAAGAAUUAGAAAUGUCAACUAUUGACAUCAAUGGGCAAAUUCAAGCUGCAAGAUUUCCUGAUGUACAACUGGAUGACAAGGAAUGGCACAAAAUUGAUUUGAGUAUCAUGCGAGACAGAGUGACAUUAUACAUCGAUUGUGAACCUAUUCCGACGCAACCGUUAAGGCCCAGGAGAUCCAUCGAUGUCAAUGGUGAUAUUGCAAUAGCAAAGUUUGACGAUGGCACGACAGUUCAGGUGGAUAUCCAGUGGAUGAUUAUGACAUGUGACCCCACAAGAUCUGAAAGGGAAACUUGUCGAGAAUUGCCAGCCAAGAGAAGAAAUACAACUACUUGUCCUAUCUGCCCAGCUGGACCACCUGGAGCUGAUGGAAAAGAAGGGCCCCCAGGACCAGCCGGACUUCCGGGAGAAAGAGGUGCUCAAGGAUGGCCGGGCAUACCUGGACCAAGAGGAGACUCUGGGCCUUCUGGAUUGGCGGGACGACCAGGCGUGAUCGGCCCACAAGGGCGAGUCGGUCCUCCAGGACCAGAGGGAGCUACUGGUGCUAAAGGAGAAAUUGGACCUCCUGGGAUUACAGGAAAACCUGUGAGUUUGCAGGUUCUAAGGGGGACAAGGGAGACUCAGGAGAACCUGGCAGACCGAUUUAUUCCAUCAGGAGUUCCAGGUCUAGUAGGCCCUCGAGGUCCACCGGGACGACCUGGACAAGGAUCAUUGGGAGAACCUAUUAUUGGCCCACCAGGCGACCCUGGUCCCCCAGGACCACCUGGUUUAAGAGGAGAUCCAGGACAAGUGGGCAAACCAGGACCACCAGGGCCACCGGGACUACCAGGAAAAGAUGGUCUUUCAGGAGUCUCAUUAGACAUACCAGCUGUUUCGGGAAUUCAAGGAAUUCCUGGAGAACUAGGAGAACCUGGACCGAAAGGCGAACCGGGGGAAAAGGGAUCUCGUGGCGAUGCUGGAUACGAAGGUCCCACAGGACCAAAGGGCGAUCGAGGUGAAAGAGGAGAGCCCGGUUUUCCAGGUGCCGAUGGGCAGAAAGGUGAGAAAGGAGACACUGGAAGGGCAGGUGAAACUGGACUCCAAGGUGAAACGGGCUUUCCUGGAGUACCAGGAUUGCGUGGAGAACCAGGACUAGUUGGAUUCCCAGGACCUUCUGGAGUGCCAGGAGCACCUGGACUACCAGGAAGUAAAGGUGAAAAAGGUGAUCAAGGAGAGCAAGGAAUACCUGGUGCCGUUGCCCAAGCUGGAGAUCAGGGAAACCCUGGUCCUCCUGGACCGCCUGGAGAGAAUGGAAAUGAUGGAAAAAAGGGUGAACCUGGUUUUCCGGGACCUUCUGGAGCUCCUGGUCUUCCUGGACCAAUGGGUCCAACGGGACCUCAAGGAAUGGAUGGUAAUGAAGGCUCUCAGGGACCUAGAGGCAUCAAAGGGGAAGCCGGUCCCAUUGGUCCAGAUGGACUACCCGGCCCACGUGGACCUCCUGGUUUACAAGGUCUUCUUGGCCCAACUGGACCGAAGGGAGAUCAAGGAAACCCUGGGCCUCGAGGGCCUGAAGGACCACGUGGGCUUACCGGACCAAUAGGUCCAGUAGGAGAUUUAGGACCUCCAGGACCUCCAGGAUUACCUGGAUUUACUGGACCUGCUGGUCCACCGCCGGGUGAACGAGGUCCACAAGGUGAUAAAGGGCCACCUGGCCAACCAAGUCCCAGAGGUAUGAUGGGCGCUUCUGGUGUUCCAGGUACUCCAGGAUCUCCAGGAAAUACAGGUCCUCCCGGAAUGCCAGGAUUACCCGGAUUACCUGGACGUAGCUAUACAGAAGAAGAAAUGAGGGAAAUAUGUGCUUCUGUUUUGAGAGAUAGUCUUGCAGAAUUGAGUUCCAAGCUUCAGGGGCCCCCUGGGCUACCUGGUAGAGGUAAACCUGGUCGCAUGGGUCCUCCGGGUCCUCAAGGAGCUCCAGGAGAUCCCGGAACACCAGGACUACCUGGUGAGCGAGGAUUUAUGGGAAUGCCUGGAGUACCAGGUCCUCACGGCCCGCCAGGAAACAAAGGCGACAAAGGAGAAAAAGGAGACAGAGGCCCUGAGGGCGUUGGCAUAGAAGGACAAAUGGGCAUGAGAGGGUUACCAGGUCCUCCAGGGCCAGCUGGAACUGGUGUUCCUGGGAGACCAGGAGAUCGUGGUCCACCAGGGAGGCAAGGCGGCAAUGGCGCUCGAGGGGCUCCAGGUCCUCAAGGUCCUCCAGGAUACUGCGAGCUCUGUAACUACCAGAAUUCUGAUCUGGCCAACUAUUUGGUACCACCACAUGUUCAAGUGGACAAGGGAAACGCCGAUGAUGAAUGA